GAGAAUUUCAUUAGAAAAAAAAGAUUGUAUAAAUCGUUGACCUUGAAUGUAAACACACCCAGCAUUUCAGUCAUUUUCAAAAGUGCUUUUUGCACCAGACCAUGGAAUAUGUUGUCAAUCAUUUCUGUUUAUUUUUGCAAUAAAUGUAAUAUAUUUGUCCUGAAAUAACAUAUAUCUAAAUAUGUUUAUUAUCAUGAGCGUGUGUUGGCACGAAAGCCCGCUCUUUUCCGCGCGCUCUCUCUCUCUCUCUCUCUCUCUUUCUUUCUCUCUCUCUCCGUGAAUGAACGCAACAGUUUACAAAUAAACCUUCUCAAAUCGCCCGCCUUCUGCGCUCCACUUCCUCAUUGGUCGCUGGUGCAGUUGCCACGGUGAUACUGUAGCAACGCCUAUUGGCACUCCUCCCUUUUGUCCAAUUAUGGCAGCCGCGUUGGUGUGUGUGAGCGCUGAUUGGCUGCGGCGCUGUUGUCGGUCAGGCGCGCGAUGUGAAGGCGCUCAGCUCAGCGCGUUUAUUUCAGAUUGUUUUGACGGAUUCGAGUAAACAGAUAAACAGCUAACGGUCGCUCAUCUGCGGACUGACGCACACAGACAGCGAUCUCCUCAGAGGAUGGUUGUGGACGGGUUCGGCCGCGGGAAGAGUCUCAGCGCGGCGGCGGCGCGGGGGAAUGUGGACGCGGUGCGGCGGAUGCUGCAGGAUCACCGGCUCCAACCGGACACGCUCAACGAGUUCGGGAAAACCGCACUGCAGGUGAUGAUGAUGGGCUGCACCAGUGUGGCUCGUGUGCUGCUGGACCACGGAGCUGACCCUAAUGUCCAGGACCGCUGUGGAGUGACCCCUGCACAUGAUGCGGCCCGCACCGGGUUCCUGGACACACUGAGGGUUCUGGUGGAGCACGGGGCCUCUGUUAACGUCCCUGACCACAGCGGAGCCCUGCCCCUCCACACGGCCGUCCGCGAGGGCCACAGGGACGUGGUGGAGUACCUGGCCCCGCUCUCUGACCUCGGGCACCGGGACGGUCGUGGGGUCACCGCUCUGGACGCGGCCCGGGACGCUCGCGCUUCGGAGAUGGUGGAGCUGUUAGAGCGUCUGAUGGGGACCAGUUCACACUGAAGAACUGUACGCCUCGACUCAUUAGCGGCUUGUACUUAAAUGAAUCUGUUGGAUGUUUUGAGUAGUUGGUAGUUGAACUCAUCACAUGUAGCACUGGUUUUGCACAGAGCGGAUCCGGGACGGCUCUCCUCGAGCGGGUCUGCAGGCACACCUGUAAAUAACACUUUAUUUGGUAUCUUACAAAACAUUUCUGUGCAGAAACUUGAACUGUUAACAGUUUUAUUCUUGUGAAAUUAUUUCUUGCCAUCCGCGCACUGAUGAAUUCUUGCUUUGCGUGUAAGUUUGCUCGGAUUAAUGUCUGUAAAUAACAUUUUAUGAAUUUAUUUGACUUAUUUAUUGAAGAAUUGUAUAUUAACGUUUGUUUACAGGGUAUUUCAGAUGUUAUUUAUUAAAGUGUUUAAUAAACUGAAAAAACUAA